GCAGCGGCUGAAGACGCUAGCCAGGAACAAAGAUCGAUCUGCAGGGCCCCAUGACGCAGGUAAUGAGAUCGAGAGAUCUGAAGAACCGUGACCAAUCCGUAACUUUACCACUUGAGCGGAAACAUGUGAAUGGGGAGGAAGGUAGGUCUUUGUAGUCCUCAGCGGGCCACUGCCCAUGCUCGAGAGCAAUCAGUGUUCCUUCUACCAAGUUAUCUGCCCAUCCAUGAUUCUACACCGCACGUUUUCCACGGUUAGAUCGCGCAUCCGACAACCUGUGACAGCCCGCCGACUCGCGACAAUGGCAUUCAAACGCAAGGCACCAGCAGCCACAGUUCUGGCGAACGGGGCCGCCUCGGCCAAGAAGCAAAAGACAACAUCGCUCUCCGACCCCCACCCAUCCCACGGAAUAGCAGAAGAACAUGGCAUAGUGCUGAGGAAAUAUUACCCCCCUGAGAUGAGCAACGCCCGUGCUUUGGCGUACAACGACAAUGCCCUUACCCGUCCUAUCGAAGAGCUUCAAUCCGCCAUGCACCAGACCGCUGCUGCCCGCAAGAAAGUGAAGGUCGCGGGGUCCGUAGUGCACUGGUUCAAGAUGGACCUGCGAAUAAAAGACAACACCGCACUCUCCAUGGCGAGCGAGAAGGCCAAGGCAGCCGGCGUGCCCCUGAUCGCAUUGUACAUAAUCAGCCCCCAGGACUGGGAGGCACAUUUGACAGCACCAAUCCGUGUCGAUUUCAUGCUCAGAACCCUGGAGGUCCUGAGGGCUGACUUGGACAAGCUGGACAUCCCGCUGUACGUCGAGGUGGUGGAAAAGAGAAAGGUGAUCCCUCAACGAAUCGUCAAGUUGUUGAACGACUGGGAUGCCAAUCAUUUGUUUGCCAACAUUGAGUACGAGGUCGAUGAGCUGCGACGAGAGGCAAAGCUGGUAGACAUGCUGGCUGGUAAAGAGAAGGCUUUUGAGCUCGCCCACGACACCUGUGUAGUCCCACCUGGAAAACUCAUCACUGGCUCUGGGAGACAGUACGCUGUGUACUCUCCAUGGUACCGAUCCUGGGUCGCACAUGUUCAUGCAAACAUGGACCUUCUGGAUACCUUUGAUAGUCCUUCCAAGAACCCUACAUCCGCCAGGGACAAGUAUGGGAAGCUCUUCGGCAGUGCCAUCCCAGAGGCGCCAAAGCAGAAACGGCUUUCAGCAGAGGACGCAAAAAGAUACGCAUCCAUCUGGCCCGCCGGAGAGCACGAGGCGCACAGGAGGCUGGAAAAGUUCUGCGCAGAGAGGGUCGGCGCAUAUGGUGCGACGCGAAAUUUUCCUUCCGAGAACGGAACCUCCGCAUUAUCUGUUCACCUGGCCAGCGGGACGAUCAGCUCGAGGACCUGCGUGCGCGCGGCCAGGGACUCCAACACCACCAAAAAACUGGACGCCGGGAAAGAUGGCAUCAAGACGUGGAUCAGCGAGGUCGCGUGGAGAGACUUUUACAAACACGUGCUCGUGAAUUGGCCGUAUAUCUGCAUGAACAAGCCUUUCAAGCCCGAGUAUUCAAACAUCGAGUGGUCAUACAACAUGGACGAGUUCAACGCCUGGACCGAGGGAAGGACUGGCUUCCCCAUUGUCGACGCCGCCAUGAGACAGGUCCGGCACAUGGGCUAUAUGCACAACCGCGCUCGCAUGAUUGUCGCCUCGUUUCUUUCCAAGGACCUGCUUAUUGACUGGAGGAUGGGCGAGCGCUGGUUCAUGGAGAACCUGAUCGAUGGCGACUUCGCAUCCAACAACGGCGGUUGGGGCUUCUCUGCCUCGGUGGGUGUGGAUCCACAACCGUACUUCCGAGUGUUCAACCCGCUGCUGCAAAGCGAGAAGUUCGACGCUGACGGGCAUUACAUCCGCAAGUGGGUUCCAGAGCUCAAGGGUGUGAAGGGGAAAGCCAUUCAUGAUCCGUAUGGGAGAGGUGCAGGCGCGAUUGCGAAGAAGGCCGGAUAUCCAAAGCAGAUGGUCGAGCACAAAGGAUGUAGGGAGAGGGCGCUGGCAGCUUAUAAGAAGGGAAUCGGAGCUGAGAAGUAGGCU